AUGACGAUAGCAAACUUAUCGGCCUAUAUGAUGCAGGGCUAUCGGUUUGACGAUGCAUUUCAAACGUAUGAAAGGUUGGUGAAAUUUUCCCUCCAAACGUCUCAGCUUGAGAAAUUAGAACGCUUGCAAGAUCCGAGGGAUUUGGAUAACGUUCUAAUGGAGAUAUUUGAAAAAUCAACUAGUAUACCAAAUGCGUACGGCCAGUGUCACGAUCUAAAUAAUGCUACGACCGGUUUUCUUGAAUUGAUCGUUGAUAUCUUCCGGGAUGUGUGGCAAUUGACACAAACAUCUGAGAUUCGCUUUCUCUUGAUUGUUGCAAUUGUUAUCUUCUUUGGAUGGGCUUUGAACAAACGGUAUCGGAUUGGAUUUGUGGCAUUACUUGGAGGAGGUCUAUUCAUGUUUGGAUAUAUGCACACAUACUUGGAGUGCAACCGGGAAUUGGAAGUUAACGAAAUGCUGGAGAUAUUAGAUCGCAAUAAACAAUCGUCGACAGAUGAUACCCAAUCUGGUUUUCUUAAGUAUUUAAAAGUUUUCUUGCCUUUUUCAAACUCGCAAAGUUCUGACCAACGUGAUGCUUUAAGAAAAUCAACAAAAAUUUCUUUAGGUUUCUGUCGGCCAGAUCAUGUUCUCAUUAUGUACUUCAAUGAUAUAUUUUUGAAAUAUCUAGAAGUUUUAUUGGAACAAUGUACGAAAACACUGACCACUUUAAGGGAAAAUUUAUCGUUCCCAUCCUAUAUAGUAGCAUCAUUUUUCUUAAUUAGUAUUAUUGGGUUUGUCAUUAAACUCACAUUUCAAUACAUUUUGAGUCCCGCCAUUUGGUCAAAUGUAAAACAAAAUAAAUCGAACAUACGUCAACAUGCCCAAAAUGCGGCCUUAACAGAAGGCAGUGCAAAUACACCUGCUGAUCACAUAUCUGGAGAAAAUCUAAAAUUAUUGUUAAACGCUAUAAAUGCAGCUCCUCUUCGUCAGAUACCAAUGAGCACUGUUUCAGGUGUGGAAGAAAUCCAAGAAUGCAUUGAGGCUCCCCCUACAAAAGCGAAAAAAAAUUUAAACGUGGCUGGCGACAAACAGACUACAUCCGUUAGCCAGAAUAACAAUAAUAAAGCAAAGGAGCCGUUCGAAAAAGUUAUACUAAAUGUGAAACUGGAGGACGCGCCAGAUGAAUAA